CCUAUUUCAGUCGGCGCCGGAAUAACGCCAACCUCCGACAAAAAAGUCCAGUCGAGGGGCACUGGAGCUUCACAGCUCAGGUUCUGUCUGCGUACGGUAGCCUGCUGGUAGAAUUUCCUGACUCCAUCCCCACGUUGACGAAGCCGCCUUUUACCGUCAACGUUACCAAUAGCUGCAACUAUGGCUUCCAUGUUCGAGCAGCCCCGAAACGGCACCCUUUUCUUGGGUGGCCAGAAGAUCUCAGGUUCUGAUAUUAGAGACCAGAAUGUUCUCGCUACACAGGCAAUCGCAAAUGUUGUCAAGAGUUCUUUCGGUCCCAGCGGCCUCGACAAGAUGAUGGUGGACGAUAUCGGUGAUGUUACUGUUACCAACGACGGUGCCACCAUUCUCAGCCUCCUCGACGUCGAGCACCCCGCCGGCAAGAUUCUCGUUGACCUUGCGCAACAACAAGAUAAGGAAGUCGGUGACGGUACCACCUCUGUCGUUCUGAUCGCUGCCGAGUUGCUACGUCGCGGAAACGAACUCAUGAAGAACCGGAUACACCCUACCACUAUCAUUACAGGAUACCGACUUGCCCUGCGAGAGGCUAUCAAGUACCUCAACGAGAAUGUUAGCAUCAAGGUUGACGACCUCGGCCGCGAAUCCCUCCUUAGCAUUGCCAAGACCUCCAUGUCCAGCAAGAUUAUUGGAGCCGACUCGGAUUUCUUCGCCGACAUGGUUGUAGAUGCCAUGCAGGCUGUCAAGUCUACAAACAACCGAAACGAGACAAAGUACCCUGUCAAGGCUGUCAACAUCCUCAAGGCCCACGGAAAGAGCACACUCGAGUCUGUCCUGGUUAAGGGAUACGCCUUGAACUGCACUGUCGCUUCGCAAGCCAUGCCCACGCGGAUCCAGGAUGCCAAGAUUGCUGUUUUGGACAUGAACCUGCAAAAGGAGCGCAUGAAGCUUGGUGUUCAGAUCACUGUUGACGACCCUCAACAGCUUGAGCAGAUCCGAGCCCGUGAGUCCGGCAUGAUCCUCGAGCGAGUGGAGAUGAUCCUUAAGGCUGGUGCCAACGUCAUUCUCACAACAAAGGGUAUUGACGACCUGGUGCUCAAGACUUUUGUUGAGAAGGGUGCCAUGGGUGUGCGAAGAUGUAAGAAGGAGGAUCUUCGACGAAUUGCCCGAGCAACCGGUGCCACCAUGCUCAGCACACUUUCUGACCUUAACGGUGACGAGAAGUUCGACCCCUCUUAUCUAGGAUACGCCGAGGAGGUCGUCCAGGAGCGCAUUUCUGACGAUGAGUGCAUUCUGGUCAAGGGAACCAAGGCCCACUCAUCUGCUUCUUGCAUUCUCCGUGGACCUAACGACUUCACCCUCGACGAGAUGGAGCGAUCAGUCCACGACUCACUGUGCGCUGUUAAGCGAACUCUCGAGAGUGGCAGCAUCGUUCCCGGUGGUGGUGCCGUUGAGACCGCCCUCCACAUCUACCUCGAGGAGUUCGCCGGUACCGUCGGCUCCCGAGAACAACUCGCCAUUGGCGAGUUUGCUCAGUCUCUUCUUGUUAUUCCUAAGACCCUGGCGGUCAACGCUGCCAAGGACGCCGCAGAGCUCACUGCCCAGCUUCGAUCAAGGCACGCUCUGUCACAGCGCAUUGCUGAGGGUGACGGCAGCGAGGAUGAGAAGACCAUUGCCAAGAAGAAGGGUUAUAAGAACUACGGUCUUGACCUCGCCAAGGGCAAGGUUGUUGACGAGAUUAAGAUGGGUGUGCUUGAGCCCAGUCUCAGCAAGGUCCGACAGCUCAAGAGUGCCGUUGAGGCCUGCAUCAGCAUCAUGCGUAUCGACACCCUGAUCAAGUUGGACCCUGAGCAGAGGGAGGAUGAUGGGCAUGGCCAUUAAGAUGAAAUGUAAUGAGUUCGGAUUGUCAGGUAUAGAAUCAAAAGCUUGGGUGUCCGUUCAUGACUGAAUGUUUUAUACCCAUGAUGUGUGAUAUCAGGCCUCGUUAUAGUACAGGGUGCAUAUAAAUGUACUGAUCUGUAGAUUCAACUAGAUAAAAGUGAUUCCAGCUUGUCAAGUCUGUUGGAAACUCUGUUUUUGC